CCUUCAAUAAUUCCAAUGUGUCAUUUGAUUACAUGUAGGCCUACCCAGUGCUCAUAUAGUAAUGUUUUGUUGAUUUAUUUGUCAGGUCAUAACUUUGGCAGUGAGCACGACCCAGACACCGCUGAGUGUAACCCACCAGAGAACACUGGAGGAAACUAUUUAAUGUGGCCUAUUGCUGUCAAUGGAGAAGAAAAAAAUAACAAUAAAUUUUCACCCUGCGCUUCCAAACAUAUAGGCCAGAAGUUAGAAGAGAUUGGAUGCUUAGUAGAUAAAAGCAAUUAUCAAGAAAUGUGCGGCAACGGAAAAGUUGAAGAUAAUGAGGAGUGUGAUAAUGGGGACAGUAAUUUUGACCCUGGUUCCUGUUGUAAUGAAGUUUGUAAACUCAGAACUGGAGCAAUAUGUAGUGAUGAGAAUACACAGUGCUGUUUAAACUGUCAGGUGGCACCCAAUGGAACACGCUGUUUUGAUGGGCUUUCUGAAAGCUGUAAACAAGAUAGCUACUGCAAUGGAAAGAACUUCACUUGCUCAGAGGCUGCCAAUCUUCCUGAUUUUACUCCUUGCUUACAGAGUGGUGGAUGCUAUCAAGGAGAGUGUCGUGGGUUCUGUGAGCUGAAGUCUAUCAAAACAGGAUUGGCUUUGGAGCCUUGUCUUUGUAGAGAGUUAGAUGAGAAUGCCUGUAAAUGGUGUUGCUAUAACAACAGUGACCCCAAUAACCCGGGAACAUGUAUGCCUCAUUCCAACUAUUCUUACGAUGAUGGACGGAAAUGUUUUGCUGGUUAUUGUGAGAGUGGUAAAUGUGUCAUGCUAAGGUCAUCCUCUAUUGUCAGGAUUUUUAAUUUCAUCCGAGGUGUGAGUCUAACUCGUUUAGCUAAAUUCAUGAAAAGCAAUAUAGUCCUUGCAGUGAUAAUCACCAGCUUACCUUUCUACUUCGGGUUCAUUAUGCUGUCCAAACAAUUGGAUGAGAAUGCCAGGAAGAAAUCUGAAAUGUAUGAUUACAAACCUACAUGUACCAUUAAAAUUGCUAAACAUUCUUUCUCAACAAGAGGCAGCUGGGGCAGUGGGUUCAGAGAUCCCUAUGGAUCACUCUCCUGAUCUGGACAUUCCAGAAUCAGAUGCUCAAUCUCCACAAGAAGAUAUUGAUCUGGCCACCAGCUCAUUCUCAUAGGCAUAGAAGCAUGUGGGUUUAUUUCUUUUCACUGCUGGUGUUAAAGCAAACCCUACUUUGAGAAUUACCACAACCCACAUACAGGUACCAGCACAGGAUCGAUUUGAGAAGAAAUGUUUUCAUUGACUUGUUAUUGUAACGUUUCUGUUUAAAUUACAGUGUAAUAUUUUAUGUUGGGUUUUAAUGUGAAUUUAUUUUUGCCAAUAAAAUAGAGUUUUGCCUGAACAGUU